AAAGCCAUAUGAGGGUUAAGGGCUACAGUGACAGCAGUCCUCAUUACGACCCGAGUCAACACCGGGACACUAGGCAUAGAGUGGAGGAAUACGUGGGCCCCAACUUCGAGGAAGAAUUAGAGUCGUUUCCAAUUGAGGAAGAAUUAGAGUCGUUUCCAAUUGCCAAUCUGUUCGCCAUCGAUGAGGAGGUACUGAAGGAGCGUUUGGCCAAAAUGAGCGAUACGUGUCGUAAGAAACUGAAACCAGAAUUGGGUAAAUGCGUGGAGAGAGCGGCCAAUCGAUACGAUGUGGACGUCGGCAACGAUAAGUUGGGUCCCAACGAUUGCAAAGCGCUCUGGGAUUUCAUGUGUUGUCUGAUAGACGUUGUGGCCAAAGAGUGUGAUGCGAGUGAUCUGUCGGUCUUGCAGUUGGGAUUCACUGCCAUUCAGAAAGUAAUCGAAACUAAAGACUGCAAGAACUCUGGGAGGGGAACCGUCGACUGUCGGGCGCCCAAAACAUAG